GCUCGAUGCGAAUAAACGUGACACGAAAUUCGAUAAAACGGCACCGGACACUAGGAUACACAACGCUGAAACGUGAUCCAUUGGAGGGAUGGCGAGACUCAGUGUUGGGUGCCCCGCGCCGGUUGCUAACUACCCUCGGCAGUCUCUCAAGAGAUUCCUCACCCUUUCCUGCCUCGAGAGAAGAGCCUCUGCCGAGUCUUCCUGUGCCAGAUCUGGAGACAACCAUGCAGAAGUAUCUUGCCCAGGUUGAGGCGAUAACGCCUGGUCAUAUGGAAAAAACCAGACAGCUGGUGAGAGCUUUUCUAUCUGGACCAGGACCCAAACUCCAACAGCGUCUGCUUGAGCGAAGACAGGAUAAGGUCAAUUGGGCACUGGACUGGUGGCUUGCAGACAUGUACCUAACAAUUCCGCUGGGUCUGCCCAUCAAUAGUAACCCAGGACUCGCAGCUAAACCCAAAAAAUUUAGUUCUCAGACUGAUGCAGCUACCUAUCUGGCUAGAUUCAUCAUGGCUUUGUUGGAUUAUCAGGAAAAAUUAGAUAGGAAUGAACUAGAGGUGGAGCAAGUAAAAAGCCGAGACGGAAAGACAAUGCAACCGAUGUGCAUGGCCCAGCAUUACCAAAUUCUCCGAACGUAUCGUAAACCAGGUGAAAUGGCUGACGAACACCUCCACCUGGACAGAUCGACUUCCGGUGAUCACAUAAUCGUGGCUCAUCAGAAUCAGUUUUACAGUGUACCUGUUCGUGCAUCAGAUCGUGGACGAAUAACGGAGGCGGAAUUGAUGCAGCAGCUAAUGAAAAUUAUAGAAACUCCAGCCGACCCACGUACACCACCCGUUGGGAUCUUAACAGCGACAAAACGUCCUAUCUGGGCUAAAGCGCGAAUGGAGUUGUUGAAAAACGAACGCAAUCGUCACAACCUGGAGCUCCUGGAGCAAUGUCUCUGCAUCGUCUGCAUCGACGACGACGUUCUCCCCGUGACUUUCAACGAACCGUACAAAAAAGAAGAUCGAUGGCUGAAUGAUCGUGACUAUGCCAAUGCACUUCAUCAUUGUCUCCACGGUGGUGGCUCUCGUCAUCUCGGCGCUAAUCGUUGGUUCGACAAGACUUUCCAUAUUAUAAUUGGCAAGGAUGGAUUUUGGGGAGUAACGUACGAGCACUCGUCCGGCGAAGCUUCAUCGAUAUUCAACGCUUUCGAGGCCCUCACCGAGAAAGUCGACGAAAUGCCUCCCUCGGAGGAGAAUCCAGUGCCCUCUCAUCUUCCAGCACCUGAGAAAUUCGAGUGGUGUCUCUCAGAGCAGAGCCUCAGCGACAUUCGUGAGGCCAUGACAGCAUUCGAUGCUCUCGUUGAAGAUCUGGACCUCUGCAUCUUGUGGUUCGAGGACUACUCCAAGGAAUUCAUCAAGGCCUGCAGUAUCAGUCCGGACGCCUACAUUCAACUCGCACUGCAAUUGACCUAUUUCAGGCUGCACGGUCGUUUAGUGGCGACUUACGAGAGUGCAGGCAUCCGUAGAUUUGCCCUGGGUCGUGUUGAUGUGAUUCGAGCAGCGAGUCCAGAGAGUCUUGCGUGGGUGAAAGCCAUGUGCCAAGGAGAUCCCGAUGCCCAGAACGAUGCCCAGGACGAGGGCUCCAAAAGAGUACAGUUCACCAUUUACAGUGAGCAACGCAUCAAGGAAUUGUUCGAUCUGGCUGUACAACGUCAGACCAAGGAGAUCAGUGAUAACAUUCAUGGAUACGGAAUUGAUAAUCACUUGAUGGGACUGAGGUACACCGCUCAAGAGACUGGCGAACCACUUCCGGAACUUUUCACUGACGAGGCCUUCAAGAUUGUUCAUCAUUUUGCAUUAUCUACUUCUCAGGUGACGACGAGAAACGACGCAAUUGUCGGUUACGGUCCAGUUGUACCUGACGGCUACGGGUGCGCUUAUAAUCUUCGUAAAAAUGGUUUCAUCUUCUCCGUAUCUGCAUUCCACAGUGAUGGAAGAACUAGCGCUAAAAAAUUCGCACAGGCACUUGAGAUGAGUAUGAGGGAAAUGGCUGCAAUGCUGAAGAACUCUAAGAAAUAGCAAUUUCAAUUAUGAAAGGGUAAUGGCAAUUACUUGGAAAUCAGUGGAGACUAUGUAGAAAAUUAGAUGAAUUUGAUAGGUGCUAAUUUUCAUUAAUUUAAUUAGAGAAUCGAAUAAUUUGUGAUAGAUUGUGGAGGAAGAAUAUUGUUGCUUACGACAAUGAGUUGAAGUCGCAGUUUUUACUUUAGCCAAUGGACUUGCAUUGGCGUCCGCACCAAUGCACUCUUGUCCAAGCAAAUUAGUAAAUGAAAUCGAUGGUACUUGUCUAUCUAGUCCGUGAAAUGCUCUAACCAUGUAAGUGCUUCAGUAUUUCUCUUUGGUUGUUAAAUUUAUGGCCUACAAUUACCAAAAGAAGAUUAUCGAGACCAAACAAUUAUUUACAAACGAGGAAUUCUCAUGAUGUUCUUCGCAGGGCCGAGUGAUUAAGAGUUAAUUAUCAGAGUAAUAUAUCAC